GGUUUUUCAUUUUCACUCUCAGAGUAUUUAUCGAAAUCUCCCAAAACCCUUCCAUGGCGUCCAAGUAGAGUAGAACAACAUUUCUCCCCACGUUCACCCACUAUGGCUUUCGCCGCCGGACUCCGCUUGCUCCGUUUCCACCCUCAUUCCCUCUCAUUCUCCCUCACCCCACCGGCCCGCGUACUGCUUGCCAGGCGCGUUUCGGAGCUCCGGUUUCUGUCCUCCGCGGCUUCUAGCGGGCGUGGGAAGCUCUCUGCGGUCCGAGCUUCUGCAAAGCGCGGUGAGGAACUGGAGGAGAAUGGAAGUGCGGCUUCUGUAAAGGAUGGAGGGGGAAAUGGCGCGGUAGGCGGGGACGGUAGGGUAGUCGUCUCUGAGCUGCACAAGGAGGCCACCGAGGCUUACAUGGCGUACGCGAUGUCCGUGCUUAUGGGUCGAGCUUUGCCUGAUGUCAGGGAUGGGCUCAAGCCAGUCCACCGCAGGAUUCUAUAUGCAAUGCAUGAGUUAGGCCUGUCAUCAAAGAAACCUUACAAGAAAUGUGCACGAGUAGUUGGUGAGGUACUUGGUAAGUUCCAUCCACAUGGAGACAAUGCUGUCUAUGAUUCAUUGGUUCGAAUGGCUCAGGAUUUCUCCUUGCGUGCACCCCUAAUUCGAGGCCAUGGAAAUUUUGGCUCCAUGGAUGCGGAUCCUCCUGCAGCAAUGCGUUACACAGAGUGUAGGCUGGAGGGGCUCACAGAGGCAAUGUUAUUGGCAGAUCUAGAACAAGAUACUGUUGACUUUGCUCCUAACUUUGACAACUCACAAAAAGAACCAUCUUUACUCCCUGCUCGCAUCCCAAACUUGCUGUUGAAUGGUUCUUCAGGGAUUGCAGUUGGAAUGGCCACUAAUAUUCCUCCACAUAAUCUAGGAGAGUUGGUAGAUGCUCUCUCUGUGUUGAUUCACAAUCCUGAAGCAACGCUGCAAGAACUGCUAGAGUACAUGCCUGGACCUGACUUUCCAACUGGAGGCAUUGUGAUGGGCAAUGUUGGCAUUUUAGAGGCAUAUCGAACUGGACGGGGACGGGUAGUGAUAAGAGGGAAAACUGAUAUCGAGUUACUUGAUUCCAAAAGCAAGCGCUCAGCAAUUAUCAUCAAAGAGAUUCCAUAUCAGACUAAUAAAGCAUCCCUUGUUGAGAAAAUUGCUGAACUGGUUGAGAAUAAGAGUUUGGAAGGAAUUAGUGACAUACGCGAUGAAAGUGACAGAUCUGGAAUGCGGAUAGUCAUUGAGCUUAAAAGGGGAUCGGAUCCAUCCAUUGUCUUGAAUAAUCUAUAUCGGCUAACAGCACUUCAGUCUACAUUUAGCUGCAAUAUGGUGGGGAUUCUUAAUGGCCAACCAAAGCUAAUGGGAUUAAAAGAAUUGCUUCAGGCAUUUUUGGACUUCAGAUGCUCUGUGGUUGAAAGGCGUGCAAAAUUUAAACUUUCACAAGCACAGGACCGCUAUCAUAUUGUUGAGGGUAUAAUAACAGGACUUGAUAAUCUAGACAGAGUUAUUGACAUAAUCAGAAAAGCUCCUAGUCAUGUGUCAGCAAAUGCUAAUCUCCGAAAAGAGUUCAACCUUUCUGACAAGCAAUCAGAAGCUAUCCUGGAUAUAAGUCUUAGGAAGCUAACAUCACUUGAGAAAAACAAGUUUGUUAGUGAAGGAAAAUCUUUGUCGGAACAAAUUUCCAAGCUUCGGCAGCUCCUUGCAAGUAAACAGCUAAUUCUUGAGUUGAUAGAAGAAGAAGCAUUUGAAAUAAAAAACAAGUUUUCCACUCCAAGGCGAUCAAUGCUGGAGGAAACUGAUAAUGGCCAAGUUGAAGACAUAGAUGUUAUCCCCAAUGAAGAGAUGCUGUUGGCAGUUAGUGAAAAAGGCUAUCUAAAAAGAAUGAGACCAGAUACAUUCAAUAUUCAACACCGUGGAACCAUUGGAAAAUCAGUGGGAAAAUUGAGAGUCAAUGACACAAUGUCUGAUUUCAUUGUAUGCCGUACGCACGAUCAUGUCUUGUACUUCAGUGACAAGGGAGCAGUCUACUCAGCUCGCGCUUUUAAAAUUCCUGAAUGCAGCAGGAGUGCUGCUGGCACACCUUUAGUCCAAAUUUUGUCUCUAUCUGAUGGCGAGAGAAUUACUUCAAUUAUUCCAGUUAGUGAAUUUGAAGAAGACCAGUACCUAAUAAUGCUAACAGUGAAGGGAUAUAUCAAGAAAGUAUCUUUGAACUUUUUCUCUUCAAUUAGAUCAACUGGAAAAAUAGCAAUUCAACUGGUUCCAGGUGAUGAGCUGAAAUGGGUGAGGUGUUGUACAAAUGAUGAAUAUAUAGCCAUGGCCUCACAGAAGGGGAUGGUUAUUUUGUCACCUUGCGAGAAUAUUAGAGCACUUGGAAGGAGUGCCAGAGGUAGAAUCGCCAUGAAUCUAAAAGAAGGGGUUAAAAUGGCAAGCAUGGACAUAAUACCUGCAUCUUUUGGCAAAAAGUUGGAGAAAAGCUCGGACGAACAGCAGGCUAAUGGCAGGGGCAGCACUGGACCUUGUCUCCUUUUCAUAACCGAGAACGGCUAUGGCAAGCGAGUUCCUCUUGAUAGCUUCCGGAUGUCAGUGCUAAAUAGAGUUGGCCUGAUAGGUUGCAAGUUUUCGCCAGAGGAUCGUCUGGCAGCUGUGUUUGUGGUUGGUUUUUCUGUAGGAGAAGAUGGCGAAAGUGACGAGCAAGUUGUGCUUGUCAGCCAAAGUGGAACAGUGAAUAGGAUUAAAGUACGGGACAUCUCCAUUCAAUCGCGCUAUGCAAGAGGUGUGAUACUGAUGCGCCUCGAUCACGCUGGGAAAAUCCAAUCGGCUUCCUUGAUAUCAGCAACCGAGAAGGAACUCGAGGAGCUUCAGGAGGCUGCAGCAUAGCCAAGCCAAGGAAAGGACUGAAACUCGAAUACCUUCCUUAAAUUUAUUGUAAGAUCCAAAACCCCUUUCACAAUUUGCAGUAGUUUCUAGUAGUCAGUCAGUCAGUCGGAUAACCUUAACCUUUUGCACAUACGACGAGGAAUCGGGUGGGCGGAUAGGCCAUUUUUAUUUUAUUUUUCUGUAAUCUCUCUUCUUGUGAUGGCUUUUUGCUGCAAAUGUAUUUUUUGUAGAGAAUUGAACUAUACGUACGGUGACAUUUUCGUUUUUUUCUA